AUGCGCGAGCUCGUUGCCCUCGCAGGUACGACAGCGCUGGUAGUGCACCAAGUCAUUCGACGAUACCAGCCUUACACUCCUUUCCAACAUGCUUCCUUCCUCGUCCUCGUCCCCGCGCUGCUUUCCUCUGCCCUCGCCCCGAGCCCUCUCGGCACCCGCGGUCCCAUCGGCACCCUCCUGAUCGUCUUCCCGCUUUACGUCUCCAGUCUCGGUAUUCUCGUCAUCGCCUACCGUCUCAGCCCUUUCCAUCCCCUUUCCCGCUAUCCAGGGCCUGUCGUCGCCCGCAUCUCUAAGUUCUGGAUGGCGGCCUUGUCCUUGAGUGGCGACCAGCACAAGUACAUCAAGUCCCUCCACGAACGGUACGGCGAUGUCGUCCGCACAGGUCCGAAUGAGCUUUCCGUCCGCGAUCCGUCCGCGGCUUCGGUGAUACUGGGGAGCCCGGGUCUCCCAAAGGGCACUCACUUUUAUGGUCGCAUGCUCGAGUACAAGCCACGGAUGAUGAUCGCCAUCCAUGACCAUGACGAACACGCAAGGCGUCGACGCCCGUGGCUCCGCGGGCUAAGUCCGGCUGCGGUGAAAGGGUAUAAUGCUUUCAUUGCGCAGAGAUCAGCCCAGAUGUGCAACGCGCUGGAAGAGCAGAGCGGUGUCGUGAGGCUGGACGAGUGGGUCAACUACUUCGCCUACGACUUCAUGACGGAUAUGGCGUUUGGCGGAGGGUCAGAGUUGUUGAGCGGGCAGGGAAAGGACAACUUCUGGGCAAUAUUGGACGGGAAUAUGCGUAUGGCGACCGUCUUUGGCCAUCUUCCGUGGUUGGGUAUCCUUCUUGGCUAUGUCCCUGCUGUGGUUGCACCAGUCACCGCCCUCAUCGACCGCUGCGCCGAGUUCGCUCGGGCUCGCGUGAAGCGUGGUUCGUCAAAGCCCGACCUUUUCCAUUAUCUUAGCGGCGAAGACGAUCCGUCUCGACCUCCCGCUUCGGAAUAUCAACUCAUUGAUGACGGCAUCCUCGCGAUGGUUGCGGGAGCGGACACUACGUCUUCUGCCAUGACGAGCAUAUUCGCCUGUCUGCUCUCCCACCCGGAGACGUAUAAUCGGCUGCAGGCAGAGGUGGAUAAAUAUUACCCACCGGGUGAAGACCCGUUGGAUUCGCGUCAUCACAAAGAGAUGUCCUACCUCAAUGCGGUAAUUAACGAAGGUCUACGCUUGUUCCCACCUGUCCCGGGUGGCACACAACGUAUGGUGCCCGCAGACGGGCAAGGGACUGCCAUUAAUGGCUUAUUGUACUUUCCCCCGGGCACCCACCUUUGGGUACACACCUGGUCCCUCCACCGCGACCCGCGCAACUUCUACCCCGAGCCCGAAGGCUUUUGGCCCGACCGCUGGCUCCUCGCCGACAACGACAGCCUCCGUUCGAAGGUCGCUCUCCCAGGCGGCGUCUCGGUGGCGGAGUUCAAACACAACGGCAGCGCGUUCACCGCGUUCUCGCAGGGCCCGAUGAACUGCGUCGGGCGCGCGCUCGCGAUGCAGGAGAUGAGCACGCUGUUGUGCUCGCUCCUCCAGCGAUUCGAAGUGCGCACAGCCCCGGAGGGGGCGGUCGACGGGCAGCUGGGCGGGCUGUACGAUAUGGGGCGGUACGAAGAUGAGUACCAGGACUUCUUCGUAACCGCGAGGGCGAGUGUGCCCGUGGUGUUGCAAGUCAGGCAGGGAAAGCACGCAUAG